CAGGAGAUUUGGAUACCUUUCUUAAUAGCUUUCUGCAAUUGGAAACUUCUGAUGGCCCAGCGGCAGCAACCGACAUGGGAGCGAGGUUUCAGUGAUCAAUAUGUGAGCCAAAAUACCUUGGGCCAAGCGGCUUUCGGAUACAAUGAAGAUCAUACAACUGGUGGUUCAUUUCGUCGUGAAACGACGGACCGAUUCGGCAACAAGAUGGGAUCUUACGGUCUACGUGUUGGGGAUGGUCGUGUGAGAAUCGUCAACUAUGUUGCAGAUCGCAACGGUUUUCGCGCUGAUGUCACAAGUAAUGAACCUGGAGUUGCGUCACAGAAAUCCAAUGGCUACUUAACUGUGACAAAGAAAAGUAUUUAUGGGGUUUUAGUACCUGGAUUUAGAUAUAAUUCGCACCCGCCACAUUUAGUUUUUGGAGAAGCCGAACAGGUGUAUGAUGACCACCUGCCGGCAACAUUUAGGGAAGAAGAAAUUUACCCUGCAGCAGCGCAAAAUGUGAUGGACAAAAAAGAUAAAGUAGAAGACGACGGUAACGGUACUGGGUUUGACCAAAAUUUUACAGAAGAUGACGGACUGUCAGAAAACCAAAAACAUUCCUCCGUAGAAAAAACGGUAUCAGACAGUAACCAGAAUAUGUUUAUCAACGCCAAUAAUAUGCCUCAGGAUUCCGCUACCGGAAGUGAAAAAAUAGAAGCGACGUCGAGUGAAUUCAUCAGUUCCGAAGAGAUGGGGCAGAGUUCGCAAAGUAAAGAUGAUAAUAUCACCUCUACAUCGAGCGCAAUGCUCUCACGUAGAUUAAGUACAGAUUAUCAAAGUGAAUCGAAUACAGGUAGUAAACAUGUUGAUGUAACUUUAGACGACAGAAAGACUUUCGGGACAGAAGACCUUGAAACACAAAUUUCUGAAAAGUCUGAAAUAAGCCACGCACUUGAAUCACAGACCGAAAUCAGCAACACAACUGUAACUUCUAAGGAAAUAUCCUAGACUAUUAAAGAAAUUUAUAAACAAUUCUUGCAUUAGUUAAGUAAGAGUAGGUUGUAACUUAAAUAUUUAAUGCCAUUUUAAUGUUAUUAUAUUUUCCCCGCAAAUCGAAUACCUGUUUUAAUUUCUUUUCUUCCAAAAUAUUCCAUUUUCUGACAGUUCCCUGAAAAAACAAUUACGUGUUCCUAAACUUUGGAACAGAAUAAGACUCUGCAUGCAUUUAUCGAUAUCUUGAAAUUUUAAGUACGUGAAACUUGAAGUUCAUGAAAUAAUUCUGAUUCGUUUAAUAAAAAUCGAGAAAAAAAAUUCCUAAGAGAUCUUAAAUAACUGAUUUUAUUAAUAUUUAAUUUGUUGAGUAGAAAUUAUAUUUAAAUUUAAAUGACAAAGAGAAUUAAUUUGGAAUUUAUAUUCAUAGAUAAAGAUUCGAUGGAACACAGAUAUCCAAAAAAUAUCAGUAUGUACGGAUUGAGAAAAUUGUUUUGUAAAAGAAAUUGUUUCUAGUAAAUUUUAAUUAAUAUCCACAUCUGCCAAUCAUAAUCUAUUCUAUAUCUAUUUUACCCUAUCAGAGAGCUCUUUUAUGCAUAAAUUGUCGGCACCACCCAAAAACCACGAAUUUAUAAACCCGAAGUUUCAAGAAAAAUGAACCCGAAGUUCGAAUAAAUUUCGAUCGAGUAAUUCGAAUUCCGCAUAAUAAUUGUUUUAUAUCAUCUUAGAAAAUAAGUAUUUCUUUCUUUUUAUCUCAGUAUAAAAAAAUCGAAAGAUAAAUUAUAUAAUACAUAUAAUAAAAACAAUGAAAAACGUAGUUUCGUGUUUUGGAUAUGAUGCCAACAAGAUAUGUUUUAAACCGCAUUAAAUCCAACUUUAUUAUUUUUUUUUAAUUCAAGAAAAUAAGUUAGAGUUAACUUGUAACUUAAGCAGCUGCUUUAAGAAAUGUAUUGAAGAUUUACCAAAAUGUCAUAUAUAUAUAUAUCAAUUUGGCAAUUAUUUCUUUAUAAUUGUUUUGUCUUACACUGACGAUAAAAAAUUUUCAAUUUUAAAGGAGCUAUUAUAUUGUUUCUUUUCCAUUUUUUUAAUUAAAGGAUUUAUUUUGAAUAAAAAUAAAUGAUAAAUGAAUCCUUAAAACAAAAUAUUAUUUUACCUUCAUUCAGAAUUUGAAGAACGUUUAUUUAAAUUUUUGUAUGCUAGAAAUUUAUUGCACUUAAGGAUGCUUAAUUUAAAAAAAGGUAAAGAAAAUUCUGAAUCUUUAAAUUUAAGCUUUUCUUUAAAUUUCUACAUUUCUUUACUCCCUACGCUUCACAAUAUAUAAUAGAACUCCUGAGAAGGCAAAUAUCAAGCGUGAGAAAUAUAUAAUCAUGAAUAACACAAUAUUACUAUUUUAUAUUCGGAUUACGUAUUUCAUAUUAUCAAUAGCAUUACAAAUUGUUAUCUUUUAUCCAACUUAGCAGAUGAAAAAAUCUCGAUCAUCUAUUCGUAAAGCCACGACUUUCUUUUAUUUUUUUAUGGAUGCAGAAUAUUUUCUUAAGCCCUUUUGCUGCUCCUUCUUUCUUCCUUGUAAAGAUCUGUGUUAACCAAAAGAACAGAAAAAAAAUCAUGAAUUGCAAAACAAAAGGAUAAAGAAAGUGCAUUGUAAUUAAUUUCAACGAAUGAUAAAUAAACUAAAAAACUUAAUCGGAGUUUUCUUUUCUUAUACUGUGUUUUGUAAAAAAUAGAACUAUUACAGAAUAUCCAAGCAAUUAAACUUCGAGAACUAUGAGAAAAACUGAAAACUUUCCACAGGCAGAAGAGGUCAUUUUUAGUACUUAAAUAAUAUUUCUUCAAUAUUUUGGUUCAAAAGCCUUUACUUGACUUCUUUGGGCUAUGUUUUAUAAAUAAAGAUGUUAAUCAUGUUA